AAGUUUAUAAUCUUUUAAAAUUUAGUUCUUUAUAGUUAUAAAGAAUCCAUGUAUGGUAAUGUUGAGCUUGAUGACAUUAACGAAGAAGGAAAUGAAGAAGAAGAUAAUGUGUUAGAUUGGCAACUUCCUAUAUGUUUCAUGAAAAAGCGCCACAAGGAAAAAAUAGAAGGAACUACAUUCUCACCUCAAACAUGGAAAAUGAAAGAAAAGAUGAAGACAGUAAGCGUAAAUCUUGUUUUGUGUUUAAAUAUUGGUGUUGAUCCUCCAGAUAUUGUUAAAACAAAUCCUUGUGCGCGGAUGGAAUGCUGGAUAGAUCCUUUAUCUUUGAAUCCUCAAAAGGCAUUAGAACUGAUUGGAAAUAAAUUGCAAGAGCAGUAUGAAAGGUGGCAACCAAGAGCUCGAUAUAGACAUAACCUUGAUCCAACAGUAGAAGAUGUAAAGAAGUUAUGUACUUCUUUAAGAAGAAAUGCCAAAGAAGAAAGAGUGUUAUUUCAUUAUAAUGGACAUGGUGUUCCAAGGCCAACUGCAAAUGGUGAAAUCUGGGUUUUUAACAAACAAUAUACACAAUACAUUCCACUCUCUAUAUAUGAUUUACAGACAUGGAUGGGGAGUCCUUCUAUAUAUGUUUAUGACUGCUCUAAUGCAGGAUUAAUAUUAGAAUGUUUUAAACACUUUGCUCAACAAAGAGAACAGGAGUAUGAGCGUGCUUCAGCUCAAGGAUCAAAUCCAGGACUCCCACCAUUGGUUAAUAACUGUAUACAGUUAGCUGCUUGUGGACCAAAUGAACUAUUACCAAUGAUGCCUGAUCUUCCAGCUGAUUUGUUCACUUCAUGUUUAACUACACCCAUAAAAGUUGCUUUGCAAUGGUUUGUAAGCCAGCGUAUGGGAAAUUUAGUUCCAGGAAUAACAGUUGAUUUAAUAGAAAAAAUUCCGGGACAGUUAAAUGAUCGAAGAACACCCCUUGGUGAAUUGUCCUGGAUUUUUAUAGCUGUUACAGACACUAUAGCAUGGCUCACACUUCCUAUAGAAUUAUUUCAAAAACUAUUUCGUCAAGAUAUGUUAGUUGCAAGUUUAUUUAGAAAUUACUUGCUUGCUGAAAGAGUUAUGCGUUCAUAUUGCUGUACUCCUGUUACUAGCCCAAAACUUCCACCCAUGUACCAUCAUCAUAUGUGGUUAGCAUGGGAUUUGGCAGUAGAUCAGUGUCUUUCACAGUUACCUGUUAUUAUUGAGGAUAUAAACAAGUACAAAAAUAGUACUUUUUUUUAUGAGCAACUUACAGCAUUUCAAGUAUGGCUGGCUAUGGGAAGAGAAGAUAGAGAACCACCUGAACAAUUGCCAGUUGUUCUCCAGGUUUUGUUAAGCCAAGUUCAUCGCCUUAGGGCUUUAGACUUAUUGGGAAGAUUUUUAGAUCUUGGUCCAUGGGCAGUCAAUUUGGCACUUUCAGUAAAUAUAUCACCUUAUAUUUUGCGAUUGUUACGCAGUCCUACUCGAGAACUUCGACCACUAUUGGUGUUUAUUUUAGCAAAAAUUCUUGCUGUUGAUAGUAGUUUCCAAACUGAUCUUGUCCAAGAAAAUGGUCACAAGUAUUUUUUAUCAGUUUUGGCAGAUGGCUACAUGCCAGCAGAACAUAGAACAACUGCAAGCUUUGUUUUAGCAAGAAUAGUUCAUGAUUAUCCUGCUGGACAGGAAGCAUGUUUGAAAGGAAAUAUGAUUUCAAUAUGUCUUGAGCAACUCACUGAUCCCCAUCCGCUACUUCGCCAGUGGUUGGCUCUAUGUUUAGGUUUAAUAUGGAAGAACUGUGAUGCGGCUCGCUGGUGUGGAAUAAGAGAUAGUGCUCCAGAUAAAAUCUCAAAACUUUUACCAGAUCCGCUUCCAGAUGUACGCGCAGCGGCUGUGUUUGCACUAGGAACACUAAUAGGAAAUACUGGUGAUCGAUCAGACCAUGCAAAUAUGAUAGAUCAAAGUGUUGCUACAACUCUUACUACAAUGCUAGCAAAUGAAGGAAGUCCACUUGUUAGAAAGGAAUUAGUUGUUGCUCUUUACAGCCACAUUAUGCAGUUUGAAAAUGCAUUUAUUGGUGUUGCUGUCCAGUUUAUGGAUGAUAGUAGUUUACAUGAUUCCUCUGGACCAGGUCCACGUGAUCCAGAAACAAAAAAAGGGUGGAUAUUAGUUCCUCAAAGUAGUGAUGCCAAUAUUAGUGCUAAUGAACCAAGUUAUUCAAAGAAAAGUUCCGGUCAAACAUUACUUCAUUCAAGUCGGUCAUCAAUCAGUCUCAGCAGUAUGUAUGGUAGUGUUAGUCCAACGGAUGAUAGUCAUUGGUUUCGAACACAAAUUUUUACUUCUUCACUUCAUGAAACUGUGUAUACCAGAGUCUGGAAAGCAAUGCUUAAUCUUUCCAUGGACCCACAUACUGAAACUGCUGAUAUGGCUAGAAAAGUUGUUAACACUAUAGCAGUCAAGGCUGCUGUCAACAUAAAGCCACACAAUGGUUCUACUUCAGUUUCAACAAAUGUUUCACUCCCUUCUUCACCCAAUACAUCAGAUGAAGGAGCUUCUAUACAUCCCAGACAUUCAAUUGGAGAGUUUCAUCGCUCGACUUCUUUUCCUUCUACCCCUGAACAAUAUUUAAAAAAACAAGCAAGUAUACCAACUUCUUUAUAUAGGCCGCAUUCUGUUCAAUUUUCUACAAAGAGAGGAAUUUUUGAUAAAGGUCCAGAUGUAUUUCCCACGAGUGAUGAUGACUCUGAUGCUGAUGAAGAUGGAAUUUCUAUGCAUAAACAUAUUCUUGUUCGCACAAAGUUUUAUGAAUGGUGCUGUGGCUAUUUUGCACACUCAUUAAUGAAGCCUAGCGACGAUGUAGACCCAAAUAGCGCUCAAUGUCUCGAAAGAGAAGGACGAUUCUUAAGAAAUACAAAAGUGCGUAAAAUGUCGGCAAAAUUGCUUAAAGAAUAUCCAAUAAGUUCUCUAGAUGAUGAAAUAUUUGUUACUAAAAAUCCUAAUCCCCCCGGUGUCCUAAAGUUUCACCCAUAUCAUCCACAUCUUGUUGUGGCAGAUAGAAGUGGAGUUUCAGUCUUAAAUUAUGAAUCAGGUAUUCGCCUUAAUCAAUUUGACAACGGGAAUCCCAGAACAUCAAGAAUCUGUUCUAUGGAUAUUUUAAAUGCUCAUGAUGUACCAUUGCUGCUUACUGGUUCAGAUGAUGGAGCUGUACGAGUUUGGAGGAAUUACAUAGCUGAUUCAGAUGAAAAACUAAGUUUAGUUACUGCUUGGACUGCAUUAUCGGGGAUGAUUCCAUCUAGUAGAGGCUCAGGUUCUGGUCUUGUGACUGAUUGGGAGCAGCAGUCUGGUAUGCUGUUAGCAUCUGGUGAUGUACGAAUCAUUCGGAUAUGGGAUGUUCACAGAGAAUUGAAGCUGCAAGACAUUCCUACUGGUGCUGAUAGCUGUGUUACAAGUCUUGCAUGUGAUUCACUUAGGCAAUCUCUACUUGUUGCAGGUUUAGGUGAUGGUUCGGUGCGAAUAUAUGAUCGCAGACAGCCUUCUAAUGACUGUCGUGUGAUGACAUUACGUGAACACCAAGGUUGGGUUGUUAAAGUUUUAAUACACAAAAGAGGUGAUGGAAAUAUCAUCAGUGGAAGUGUAGAUGGUGAUAUAAAGUUUUGGGAACCUCGCAUGGCAACUUCGUUAAAAACUCUUCCUGGGACCGUUUCAAACCUUACUACAUUGGAUGUUCAUCAACAAGCAGAUAUUCUGGCGUGUGGUUCAGCUAACCAAAGCAUAAAGAUAUUAAAUUUGGAAGGGGAAAUGCUCAGCCACAUUCGAUAUCAUGAAGGUUUUAUGGGGCAACGGAUUGGUCCUCUUAAAUGCUUAUCUUUUCAUCCCUAUUGGCCUUACUUAGCUGCGGGCAGCACUGAUAGUUAUUUAUCUAUAUAUUCUUCUCAAAAACCUAUUCCUGUGAAGUUUGAUGACUUGGGUAUGUAAAGAAACUUUGGAUGAAUUCAAUGAAGUGUUCAACAAAAAUUCUUGAAAAAAACAAAUUAACAAUGUGUUAUAAACGUAUAAAAUAGUUUUACGCUUUUGUGAUGAUAAAGCACAAUUCUAGUAUUCUUGA